AUGGGAUGUGCAGCCAGCGUCGCGACCCGCGCGGGCGACUUUUCGAAGGUCGUUCCGCAUGACGACAUCCUCCCCUUCGACGACAGUCCGACCAUCCGUCCGGUUUGUCCGGUUGGUCCUCGCCGGACAGCGGAGGACGUGUCAGCAGCGGAGAAGUCACCGCAGGCGCCGACAGGUGAAUGUAGCAUCAUGAUGGUUUCAGAGGGGAGCAGGAUUUGGUUUGAGGGCUCGGAGCAGGAGCAAGUGGAUUUUGAUGAGAAGAUGCUUGCGAGCUACAGGUCUUUUGAGUGGCCCGAUAGUCUCGCCCCAAGCGAUGUUGCUUUGCCACCUGGCCGCCUCGAGCAUGAGCUCAAUUCAGACAAAGUGCGUCGGUUCAUGCGAGAAGCCGCUGAGAAGUCCGAAAAGCCCAAGGGCCUAAAGCUGGCCACGGCACCCCUCGGCGCAGGCGGCGAAGCCGCCGAGGGCGGUGAAGGCUUUCCCAGCUUGGGGUCGGAUCGAUCAUCAAUCCCCUUCAUGGGGUGGGGGGGUGGACUUGGAGAGGCGAAGGCGCCACUGGGGCGCAGCUUGGACAUGGCGCACCCAGCUGUGGGUGCUGCAGGGGCGGCACCGGCCAACAUCUCUCAGGCGGGCCCAGUGGUGCGAACGAACGCGGUCGCGCGGGAGUCGCCGGAUUGCGAGGAUCCUUCGACCGUGGAUGACCGGCCGCCGGAACUCACCGGGCACCGGCACGGUCACGGAACGGCCGAGGUGCUGUGGUUUCGCGAAUGCAGUGACCUUGUUGCGCGGCCUGGUGUCCAGGAGAUCAGCGGGGAUGGGCUCCGAGAGGAUCAAAACCAACCGAUGUCAGCGGCACCCAGCGGAGCCGAGAGAGUGAGCUGUCCCAUCCGAAACGUGAAGGGAUGCCUUGAGACCUGCAAGUGGCCGGCCGACGUGCAGGAGGUGUUGAGGCAGAUUUCCGUGGAGGAGGAGAGCCUUUUUCCAUCACCCUUUCGGGAAAGCCGGGACGCAGAGAAACCGACCCAGAGCGGCGGGGAGUUCGCUGUCCGGCUUUGCUCCGGCUUUCCGGUGGGGAGCAGUGUCCACGAUGACGUAGGUUCGCCGCACGCCAUUGUGGUGGUGAUCCACGCUGCCUUCCUGGGUGUGCGGCUUGAACCCCACUUUGGAACUCGUAUUGCAGGCUACAUGGGCCUCGAGGAGCUCCCGUCGCGCCCUGCCACUGGCACGGGCUUUGCUGCCACACAGGCGCCUGAGUACCUGCCAGCGCGUCCGGCCACCGGCAGCGUGCAGUCGUUCCGCUCACAGCGCUCGAGGCUUCUUUGGUUGGCCACGCUGCUGGCGACCGGAGAUGGAGUGAGCCUACAAGCGCAACGCAAUGGCUUUAUGAGUAUGUCGACCCUGGCCCGGAGUGUGGACUACUUCAACCCCACCUUUGUAGCGCCCCAGCUGACGCCGAAGCAGUUCCUCAUCAUCAGCAGCCCCUCCCAGCAGAAGAUAGUGUAUACCGAGCUCAAGAACUUCAAGUCCACCACCGGGCGCACCUUUGCGCUCAUCGACUCGGGCUUGGUGCAGCCGGAGGGCUUGGCGCUGGAUCACGACCGAGGGGCGCUUUAUGUGGCUGACAAGGGUGCCAAGAAGAUCCUCCGCUUUCAUGUGUAUGUCCAAGACAAGGGCAACGGCUUACAGUUGAUCACUGAUAACGUGCAGCUUUGCAUCAUGCAGAAUGCUGACACUUCCUGGGUCAACGUGGACAUCAACGGUGACGUCUUCUAUUCCGACGCCACCACGAAGACCAUCAACAGGAUCCCCGUCGGGGUGGUGGAAAUGAUGGCCAAGGGCCAGUACAGUGCCAGUGACCUGAACCUCAUCUCCGAGAAAACCUUGGAGACUGGUGGAGGAGCCACCUCGAAUGUGGCGGCCUCUCGGUUUGUCUUCUCCCUUUACGACGGAGCGAUGAACCCUCACGUGGGGACGCCCGCUGGCUUGGUCUCAGACGGCGCCAGGCUAUACUGGACCAACAUGGACAAGGGGAAGAAGAAAGGUUCUGUGGUGCAGGGAGAGGUCUCGCCCAAGCUCCCGAGUGGCAGCGACAAGACAGCCAGCUUUCCCUCGACCAUGCUCAGCAACGCGUCUGACAUUGGCUACGGCAUGACGAAGUGGAGCUCUUGGAAGGGUUCCGGGCAGAAGAGCAAGGCAUUGCCAUUUUCUGUUCAGGGCCAGCGAAUGACUUGAAGUGAUUGCAAGGAUUUCUGCGACCUGUGACAUGUGAAACAUCACUUGGGUGAUAUUAUUCUCUCUCUCUCACACGCAAUCACACGUAUAUAUGUAUAUAUGUAUAUAGUAUAAUAUAUGCAUCCCACUACAGCUUCAUCAACCAAUGUGAAUGGACAUAGGAUAAGGGCUGAAGGGAGCAAAACACAACUCAUAAAAGUUGAUAAUUACCGGUCUACAGGCUCAACACCGAGCCUAGGCGACAGCGGGGGAGGCCCGACGGGAAUCACGCGACAGCUGGAGCACACGCAUGAUAGCUGCAUUAACCCCAAAACAAAAGCUACAGGAACCAGCAAAUCAAGAACGCUAUAAGG